AUGAAAUUAAGGUUGGAGUCGAUAACAAUCCACAACUUCAAAAGCUACAAGGGGACCCACGUGAUCCAGGGCCUUGACCCAAAGUUCACGGCAAUAGUUGGGGCGAACGGGUCUGGGAAGAGUAAUGUAAUAGACAGCAUUCUCUUUGUCCUUGGGUUCCGAGCAAGAAAGAUGCGGCACUCUUCGAUGGAAGGGUUGAUAUACAAGGGAGAUGGCACAGAGAGCAUGUGCUAUGUGGAGCUGGGGUUCAACAAGUUUAGGAUAAAGCGGGAGGUGUGUUUGCCAAGAAGGUCCAGGUACUUUGUGGAUGGAGAGGAGGCGUCUUCGGCAGUGGUGAUGUCUUUAUUAAACAGUGAGGGGGUUGACAUGGAGCAUAACAGAUUUCUAAUAUUACAAGGAGAAAUUGAGAAUAUUGCGAUGAUCAAGCCUAUGGGGGACGGGUUACUUGAGUAUCUCGAGGAUGUGAUUGGGACGAAUGAAUAUAAGGAAGAGAUUGAGAAGGAGGAGAGGGAACACCAAAGGGUGGCUGAAGAAUACGAGGGCAAGUCUGCAGCUUUGAAGUUCUAUGAAAAGGAGUAUGAACAUAUUGAGAGAAAGAAGGAGGAAAACUUGAGGAUAGCUAAGAGAAAAGCUGAGUGCCUAUAUCUAGAUGUUGAUCUUCAACUUCUUUGUUCCUCUUGGAAUAGGAAAAAACUAGAGAGGCUUGUUUCUGAAAGAAAGGAGAUUGAAGAGAAGCUUGAGACCAUUGUAAGGAAAAACAAGGAGAAUGGUGGGAAGGUUGAGAUUCUAGAAAGAAAGGGCGUGAAGGCAAGAGAAAAAGCAAGAGGUUCUGAGGAGAGGUUCUUAGAAGCAAGGAGAGAAUACCAAAGGGCGGAGAGAAGAAGGAAGAUGUUAGAAGAGGAAAAGGAGAAAGAGCUAAGGCGAAUGGAGGAGUUGAGUAGAGAGAUUGAAGAGAUUAAAUGUGGAGAGGAUAGGAGACAGAAGAUGCGGACUAAGUAUAAAGAAGAGAUUGACCAGAAUACCAAAGAGAUUUCAAGAUGUAAUGUAUUGGGAGAGAAGCUCCGACUGGAGAUUGACAAAGACCAAAGAAGGGUUGAUAAGGAAGCUCGAGAGAAGGUUGAGGAGAUUCUAAGGGAAGAAGAAAGGAUGAUGAAGCUCCUUGAAAGAAAAGGAGAGAUUGGGGAGAGACAGCGAGACACUGAGUCUAAGCUGGGGGGUUUGAUAUCCAGGAAGUCUGAGAUUGUGAGAAGGAUUGAGGACAUUGAGAACAAAUUAUUGAGGAUUGAUGGAAAGAAGACGGUACCGGGAAGAAGUGAGGAGGCUGUUGAGAAUGAGAUCAAAGAGAUUGAAAAGGACUUGGCCGAGACACGAAGAGAGAUGGGGAGGAGGAUGCAGAGAGUGGAGGAGUACAAGGAGAAUGAAGAGAAGAACAGUAAAGAAAGUGAGAUUUUGAAGAGGGUUGGACACGUAAAGGGGGUCUAUGGGAAGCUGAGUGACCUAGGAGAAGUGGAAUCCCGGUAUGACAAGGCGUUUAGAGUGGCGGGAAAAGGCCUGAACAGCAUAGUUGUUGAUACAACAUGUACUGCUGAGGAGUGUAUUUCCUUGAUUAAAAGUCAGGGAUUGGGACGAGCUACAUUCAUAAUACUUGAUAGAAUCUCCGAGGUUCCUAAUCUCCCAAAGGAAAGCGUACCUUAUAUAUACAGCCUUGUCAAAUGCUCUCCGGAGUUUCAAAAGUGCUUUUACUUUGCUCUGAAGGACACAUUGGUCUGCGAUGAACUAGAAGUUGCGAAGAAGCUUGCAUUUGGGAGACAAAGAAAAAGAGUUGUGACGAUUGAUGGAAAGCUUAUUGAGAAGAGCGGAGUUAUGAGUGGAGGAAAGAUAUCGGGAAGAAUAAAGAGUGUUGAGGAGCUUGAGAAAGCAUGUUUGAAGAUGACUGAGUUGAAGAAGAUGAAGGUCGAGGAGCUUGAAGUUAUCAGAAGCUUGAAGGAGAGGGGAAGUCUUUGUAAAACCCUGGAAGGGCUUAGAUCUGAAUUGGAGUGUGUGGUGAAAGACAUUGAAGUAGUAAGCAAGAAGAUUAAUAAAGAAGAAAUUGAGAAGGUUGAGAUGGAGCUUGGAGAGAUUAGAAAGAAAGUGUCUUCCUUAAGGAGUAUAGUUGAGAGUCUCACUGAUAUUGAAACCCGUAGGAAGAAAGAGAAUCUUCUCAACCUUAAUGAGCGAAUUGAGAUGUUUGAGAAAAGAAAUCUCGAGCUGAGGCUGCAGAUUGAAGGUUGUGUAGAGACAGGAUUGAAGGACAAGGAGAAAGAACUUGAAGAAAGAAGGAAAAGGUUUUCGAGAAUCACCAUUGAAGAUAUUUCUGGGAUUAGAAGCAGAAUGGUUGAGUGUGAAAGCGAAUAUAGAGAGGAUGCUGGGAAUCUCAAGGAGAUAUUGAAUGAGAUUGCAAGCAUAAAGUCCAUCCUUGGAAAUGAUUAUCAUAUGGAGAUUGACCUCAAGAAUAGACUAGACGAUGUGGAUGACAAAGGCGACGAAUGCAGAAGACAAAUUUGUGAGAGUGAGAGGAAUAUCGGUAUUCUUGAGAGUGAGGUUAGGAGGUAUGCGGGCAUAUGCAACGAUGUCCAUAGUAAAGUCAGGGCCGAGGACAUGGACGAAGAGGAGAUGGAGGAGAUGAUGAAGAAAAUCAAUGCUACUAUUGCAAAGCUAAGAAAGGAAGAAGAGGGAGAGAUUGACAUGAAUGUAUUUGGAGAUUAUGAGAAGGCCAAAAUCGAAUACGAGAAAGUAAAGGAAGAGCACAAAUGGCUUGAAUCAAGGCUCAAGAAGAUAGGUGCAUCGGUGGAAUGUCUGAAGAAGAGGAGGCAUGAUGAGUUUAUGAAGGGCUUUUUGCAGAUAUCUGAAAACCUUAAGGAGAUCUAUAAGGCCAUUACAUAUGGAGGGAAUGCGGAGCUAGAACUAGUUGACCACCUCGAUCCGUUCAGCGAGGGAGUGAUUCUAAGUGUGAUGCCGCCAAAAAAGAGCUGGAAAAGUGUUGGAAAUCUGAGUGGAGGAGAAAAGACACUCAGCAGCCUUGCACUUAUUUUUGCACUUCAUAGAUAUAAGCCGUCGCCAUUCUAUGUGAUGGACGAGAUAGAUGCUGCCCUGGACUACAGGAAUGUGAGUGUGAUAUCGAACUUCAUAAAAGAGAUGUCGGAGACAGCUCAAUUCCUUGUGAUAAGCUUACGGAGCGACAUGUUUGAGCUUAGCGAAACCUUGCUCGGUGUGUAUAAGACUGACAAUGUUUCCCGAUCUCUAGUUGUAAACAUAGGCAAGGCUGUAUCAAAAUAA